AUGGCGUGCCUGUCGCGCGCGACGUCGCCGCCUGCUCCGUGCGCGGCCGCUGCUCCCCCUCCGUCUUCUCUCUCUCCCGCUCGCUGCUCGCCCUGCCUCGCGUCUUCUUCGCCUUCUUGCGCGGGAGCAGGUGCUUUGGGAUGCGACUUCGUGGCACUGAUCAGCGGAGGGAAAGACAGCAUCUACUCGAUUCACUAUGCCCUCGCGCUGGGGCAUCGGCUGCGAUGCGUCGCUUACUUGCGGCCGCCGCCUUCCGUUCUCGAGGCAGACAGCUUCAUGUACCAGUCAGUAGGCGCCGAGCUCGUUCGGGGCAUUGCCAAAUGCCUGCAAGCGCCUCUCUUCGUGCGGACGAUAGAGGGAAAACCCGUCGCCACUGACAGCGUCGCGUACCAGGAGACGGUCGGCGAUGAAGUCGAAGACCUCCUCCAUCUCCUGAAAGCUGUCAAGAAACGCUUCCCCUCCAUCACCGCCGUUACGGCGGGCGCGAUUCUCUCCGACUACCAGAGGCAACGCGUCGAGAAUGUUUGUCAACGCCUGGGCCUUCAGCCGUUUUUCUUCCUCUGGCAUCGGGCGCAGGGUCAGCUGCUUCGCGAAAUGGCGGCGUGGGGUCUUGACGCGGUGCUCGUCAAGACCGCCGCCUGGGGGCUGGGCGCGAGGCAGCUCGGCGAAACCAUCGGGACGCUGGUGCCGCAGUUUCAAAAAAUGGAUCGCGAGUUCGGCUUCCACCAGUGCGGCGAAGGAGGCGAGUAUGAGACCGUGGCGGUCGACUGUCCGCUCUUUCGGCGCGAAGCUCUCAUUGUCGUCCGUUGGAACCUCGUGACGCAUGUUCCGGACGCCUACGCGCCCGUUCUGUUGCUGCAGGCUCUGCGCUGGCGCACGCGAGAAAAGGGCGGCGCCCCCGCGGCCGCUGCUGGCGAAGGCCCUUCAGAGAGUCUCCCCACGGCGGCGGAGGCGGCCCGCGCGGCAGCCGAAAGGGCGCGGCGCGGCGAGACGGCGGGCGACAGCUCUGCCGACGCCGGACCCGAAGGGUCCCACACAGAGGGAGGAGGCGAUGGGGACAGCUGCAUGCUCAGAGUGGACGAAGGCGUUUGGAUAGAAGACCGAAACCUCAGCGUAGAGAGGAACGAGGAAGCAGGUCAGACCGAGCUUCCGCGCGACUCCACCUCUCUUCGCUAUGUCUGCGCCUGCCGGCCGGGCUUCGCGGCGGCAAAAUCGCGAUCCAAAGCGCCGCGGUGUCCUGCAUGCGCCUUUCUACGCAGUCUGCUGUCGCUUCAGUUCUACCUGUCCCCUGCGGCUCGCGGCGUUGCGGCGCGUGCAAGCUCCCUGUACGCCGAGGCGCUUGCGAGGCUCGGCCUUCUACAGGGCCGCGCGGCUCGACGGUCUGGCGGCGUAGGCGACGUUCCUCCUCCCACUCGUGCUGUCGGUGCUGGAGCGGCUGACGGCGAAGGAAAGAGCGCGGCGGCGAACGCGCUGUCGGUCGGGGGCUCGUGUCGAGCGGCAGCCGCUGCACUCGCGGGUCGAAGCUGCGCACGCACGUUCAGAGUUUCCGCCGUCCGCGUAGGACGCCGAGUGAUUGUGAAUGCCUGUCUUGGCCCUCUGGGGGCGCCUGAGCCUCCGCAGGCGACCAGCCGCAGCGAGGGAGACGCGAGCGUUGUGCUCGAGGCCGAGUCGCCCGUAGGCGCCGCGGAGGCAGUGCCAACGGCGGCACUCUCUGGGCUUAUCGUGCGCAGCAUUCGACAGGUUUUGGCUGACAGCCGCCCUUCCGCGUGUGCUCCUUCUUGCAGUGGAAAGGCGGAGACCGUGAUGAAUGGCACACGUCCUCAACGAAACAACCUCCUGCUGCCUGUCACGCAUGCGCUUCUGGUUUGGUUCGGUCAUCCGGCAUCGGCACCGAGCGGGCAGUCGGCCUCCAGCUCGCCCCCCACAUCGCGCGGCGAAGGCAUGGCGGAAGGCGGUGAUGGCGCGCAAAAUGGACGGGUUUCCGGCGAAGUCUUUCCCCAGAUGGCCGGCGCGGAGGCCUCGCGUUCUGCGGCUGGCUCCGUUCCGUGUGGCGAUGCUUCGCUAGCGUCCUCUCCGUCGCGGACUCUCUCCACAGACGCACUGGUGUGCGGCAACAAAGUCGGCGUUGAGCAGGUCCUGCGCGACCUGCAGGCCUCGGGUCGCCACGCGUUUCCGGUCACGUCGCUCUUUGCGUCUUUGCCGGAUAACGUCACCAGAGGUGUCUCUGGCUCGGAUACGGUCUCUCGCGUCCUGAGGCUUUUGGUAGAACUCGAGGACGACGCGACGGUUGCAGGGGCAGCUGGGGGGACGGACGUGUUUCUGGGCCGAGCGCCCGCCUCGUGCUCGCAGUCCAACGGCGCGUCUUCGGCUUUUUUUUAUCGCCGUUCCCGCGCACUCACGCAGUCGUUCGACACCCGCUCCCUCAACCUCUGGCUGCCUGCCUUGCGGCUGCUUCCUGCGGCGCCACAGCCGCUACGCAGCGAAGAAAACGAGUCAGAAGUCAGAGCCGAGGCAGAUCGACGGCGGGAAGCAGCGAGCCUCGACGCGGACGCCCGAGGCCCUCCGCGCGCGGCCGCGGCCUACUGCCCAUUUUCGGUCUCUAGCAGAUCGUGUCACGCGGCACAGUGCGUUGGGCACGAGCAAGCGUGGGAGUGGGGAGUGCGGCCUUGCGGCGAUUCAUCUUCAAAUGCAGGAACCGGUCGGCGCGAUGCGGCUUUCUCCACAAGCGCGUCCUCGCGCUCGCUCGCGCGGCUCGUCGCCUCUCGCCCGCUGCCGCACACGGAAAUCUCCCUGGGGGCCGUCUCCGGGCACGUUCCCCACUCCGGUUGUCUUCCUCGUUCGCCUUGUGCCCUGAGCGCGCCGCCCGCUGACUGUCAGUCUCGCGCGGCUUCGCCUUCCUCCUCGUCUGCGCUCAGCUACGCUCCGCUCCCGCUCUCUGCCCCCGCCGGCGGCGACUCUCUCCGUCGAGGCGCGCAACCUGACGCCACCGCCACGCGCCCGUCGCCGCCCGCCGGUCAGGUGGAGCCGACGGCGGCGGCGCUGCAGCUGCUGAGUGGCGCGGACCUUGCUCUGGAGGUUGCGAUGGCAAGUCGCAACCUGUUGCACGCCAUGCGACUGGCGGGAGCCAAGGCUACGCCGAAAGUCGGAGAAGAUAGCGGAGUGGAUGAAGAAGACCAAGCCAGCGACGAGGAGGAGGAGGAGUGUGGGGAGGCGGCAGCCACGGACGGAGAAGACGCGAUGGAGGGCAGCAGCGGCGAGGGCAGCAGCGGCGAGGCGGUGCAUCUGACCAGCGUGGUGCCUCUUCCGCCUCCUCUGGUGUUUGCCUUCUUGAGCCUGUCGGAGGCAAAUUGUCUCUUGCAGGCGAAUGCCGUCCCUGGCCUGUCGCCCUCCAGGGACGCAGCACGUCAACCAGACGAUGGGAAACAGAUGCUCGAGGACGGGCACGCGAACCCCGGAAGAGCUGCGCCGCGGAGCCCACGCGAAGAGAUCUCGGCGAGCGCCGCAUGCGCUGACGAGCGUGUCGAGGCUCGCGCCUCGUCCGCAGUAGUGGGGUCUAUUCUCGCAGGCGUCCGCGCUCAAGUCGAGUCGCACUUUGGACGCCUGCCGUGCGAUUUUGCCGCACAACGGAUCUCGAGGCCUAGCAAAGCCGUUCCUCAAAGGCGUGACGACGAGGAAAGCGCGCUGAUGUCUCCGCCCCGUGGAGCCCCGGGGCUGGUCUGCUGUCUGUGCUCGUCUCGUGGCGCCAACUGCGCCCUUGUCGCCCCUUCCGCGCCGUCCGGUUCCUCGUCCUGCUUCGUUUCCUUCUCCAGCGCCUCGUCUUCUUCGCCGACUUGCGUGAUGUCGUCGCUCGAAAGCCCUGCGUACUGCGCGCAGUGCCUGGGCACGGAGUCGCUUGCGGUGCCUGCACAUCUGAGUGGAGUGCAGGGGGGCGGGAGGAUCGCGUUGUGGCCUCUCGGAGUUCGAGGCGAAAACGCCGCGGCCUCGCGAGACGCUUCUAGCACGCCAGUAACCCCCGCGGCGGACGGAAGAGAGGCUGGGGCGUCACGGAACAGGCCCGAGGUCGCCGCCGUGAGCUCCCACAGGCCUUUCGUCGCGGCGGUGUUUUUGGAGGGCUGCAAACGCAAGAGGCAACCGAGAGACGCGAUUGGUGGCGCGCGCGAGGAAAGGCGCGGUGCUUGCGACUGUGAAGCGGAUAACGGGGGAGUAGAAGGGCCUGAGGAGGACGAACGCAGAGUCGCAGAGCCGCGGAGACGAGGCGAAUCAGAGGUGUGGAGUCUCAGUGUCUCUGGAGACAGGGCGCGAGGAAGGUGGGUAAGAACUGUGAGGCGCUCCCCUUCGACAGAAGCAACGAACGCGAGAUCCUUGCGGGGCGGCGCAAGCAAGAGGACAGAACAGGACAUGUUUUUGAGCGAGCCAAGGAACGAGGAGAGCGUAGUCGCGCAGAGAGCGGCGUGCCCGUGCAUGCUGGAGGACGAGGAGAAGCACAGAGCUGCAGCGAGAACCCACCCGAGCUGGCGACUCGACUUGAACUUCUCAGCUGUACUGAGAAAAACGCGGAGCACGCAGCAACAGCUGAGAGAGGCGAGCGCCGCGAUGGCAGCGGGUGAUCUGGGAGCUGACUGGGCGGCGGCCGUCGUUACGGCGGGGCGAGAAGACGGCGGCGGCUGCUUAAGAGCGGCAGAGGCACACAUCGUGGAGAUUCAUAUCGGUGCGGAGAAUGAGACUCACGCAGGGGGGAGAUCAGCUCAAGAGGACGAUGCGCAGUGGCUCGGAGUGCUGGUGAAGGGCGCCGUGGACGCUGUGCUGACGCUGCGACGCUGGACGGCUGCCGCGCCGGCGAGCCCUGAGGCGUUGAGGACGGCACAGCAGUCCCGAGAGAACGACGAAUUCAACGACGCGUCUCACGCGACGCGAGACUGUGUCAACGCUCUGGCGGAUGGAGGAUGGUGCGCGUACGUUCUGUAUGUUCCAUCGUCCGUGUCUGCCUCGCAUGCAACGGGAAGCACGUGGGAGACUUCGUUCCGGCGCGCCUUCGCUGCAGCUCUCUGCGAUUGCAUCGCACAGGAAACCGCGACCUCCAAUGAGGAGUUGAUUUACUUGCCCGUCCCAGCGGUAUCCGAGGCGGAAGGGGGGAGUGAUACGCCCUCACCUGUUUGUGAUGCGAGAGGACAAAGGACCGUCGCAGAGAAAAAUCUGGCGACUAAACGCGCAGCCUCCCCUGCGAGUCCGGAGAGACAGAUCUGCGGCAGCGUCGACGCUUCGUUUCCUCCACAAGGCUCCUCGUGUGACUCCUCGUCAAGCGGCGGCGGAACGAUUCCUUUAUUUUUCCUUCCUGUCCACGCCUUAGAAAAGCGAGAAGGCGGCAUGCCGCGCGCUCAGGUUGUCAUCGUCAGAGACGGGAGCCACGCGUGUGCGCGCUCUGCGCCUUCAGUCCCCACUGGAGGCGCAGAGCUCUGA